UGAUGAGUUGGUACAGGGAAAAGGAUUCAAAUGCUAAGACUUUGCUUGAUAGUGCGGGCAGGAACCAUUUGAUGACUUCACAUGGGAUACAAUUGCAACUGUGUCAAGCUUGUGCAGAAGAGACCACCAAAGUAAUUAUUGAUGAUAUUGGAGAUAGAAAUUUUUCUUUACUUGUUGAUGAGUCCAGAGAUGCAUCAAUAAAGGAGCAAAUGGCUAUGGUUUUAAGGUAUGUCGAUAAACAUGGGUAUGCGAUUGAGAGGUUCAUUGGGAUUAAGCAUGUUGGUGACACAAGGGCGGCUUCUCUAAAAGCAUCUUUGGAUGGUGUGUUUCUUAAACAUGGCUUGUCUAUGUCUAAAUUGAGAGGGCAAGGGUACGAUGGAGCUUCUAACAUGAGAGGACAAUUUCUUGGGUUGCAAAGGUUGAUACUAGAUGAAAAUCCUUAUGCAUUUUAUAUUCAUUGCUUUGCCCAUCAGUUGCAGUUAGUGGUUGUUGCUAUUGCCAAGUGUUGUUCCUCUGUAUUGGAUUUCUUUAACCACAUAACUUUGAUUGUCAACACCGUCAAUGCUUCUUGUAAGGGACAUGAUGAACUAGCCCAAGAACAACAUGAUAAUAUUGUGAGUCAAUUGGAGUCUGGGGAAAUUUUUUCAGGAAGAGGGAAAAACCAAGCAACCAACCUUGUAAGACCUGGGGAUACACGGUGGGGCACACAUCAUAAAACUUUGUGUCGGUUUAUUGAGAUGUGGACAUCUGUUUUGCAUGUAUUAGAGAACAGUCAUGAUGAUGCAGAAAAUUUAACACAAAGAACCACAGCAGGUGGCUUGAUAUCUCAGAUGGAAAGUUUUGAAUUUGUUUUCAUAUUGCAUGUUAUAAUCACACUAUUGGGCAAGACUAAUGAGUUGUCACAAUGUUUGCAAAGGAAAGAUCAAAACAUAGUUCUAGCAGUGAGUUUGAUUGGGAUCACAUUGCGGCAACUUCAAAAUAUAAGAGAUAAUGGUUGGGAUCAGCUCUUGAAGGACACAACUGACUUUUGUGUCAAACAUAACAUUAUAUUGCCUAACAUGGAUGAUACAAUACCCGCUCGGGGUCGUUCAAGGGGGCGUGGUGGUCAAAUGUUAACUUUCUAUCAACGCUUCAGAUAUGAAAUAUUCAAUGUUUUGCUUGACCAAAUAAUUAUUGAGUUAAAUAACCGCUUUGCUGAAAGAUCUACUCAAUUGUUGAGAUGCAUUGCUUGUCUUGAUCCAAGGAGCUCAUUUGCUAAUUUUGAUGAAGACAAACUUAUUCAACUUGCUCAGAUGUAUGUCGAUGACUUCUCCAUAUAUGAGAUUUCUUUUGUCCUUAGAAACCAACUUGAAAACUUCAUUGCUGAUGUGAGAGCUUAUCCAAGUUUUGUUAGUUGUAAUGACCUUGGUAGUCUUGCUGUGAAGAUGGUUCAAACUGAUAGACACAUAGUCCUUCCUUUGGUAUAUCGUCUUAUUGAGUUGGCAUUGAUUUUGCCUGUUGCAACCGCAUCAGUGGAAAGAGCUUUCUCAGCUAUAAGUAUUAUCAAGACUGAGUUGAGGAAUAAGAUGGGUGAUGAUUGGUUGAAUUAUUCCAUGGUGUGCAAUAUUGAGCGAGAAAUAUUUGCAAAGGUUGAUGAUGAUGCUAUUAUAUAUCGCUUUCAAGACUAUAGAUUUCGCAAAGGAACUUUACCUCGUCGUAGUAGUGUUGGCUCUUCUUCCACCGUUGAUCAAGUUAUGGAAGACACUGAUGAAGCAAACAAUUGAUUUGGUACUCUUUUUACUGCACGUACUGUUUGUAGUUCUUGUCAUCUUUUUAUCUAUUUUGUUGUAUCUUUAAGCAUUGAGUUUAAAUUCU